UGUUUAUCGGCGACUCCACCAAUCGAGGGAUGAUGUACUACCUGAUGGAGAGGGUGAACACUACUCUGGAGGACUGGGACAAGGCCCACGACACCAUCGUCUACCACAACCUGAAUCAGGGCAGAACUGUCGCCAGCUACUCCUACUACCCACAAUUCUGGCUGCCGAAGGCCCAGAGACCCACUUUCCAAAGAGCUCUGCAGCAGCUUCUAGAAAGGUCACGACCCCUGGAGAACUCGCCUCAGACAGUACUGGUCGCUGGUGGGGUGCAGUGGCUGAACCUGAACCAUUUGAAAACCAUCCAGCAGGUUUUAGAGAGGGAGGGUCUUGAGAAAAUCAUGGUGGUGGUGAAGUCUUUAGGAAUGGGUUUCCAUCUGCCUGUGGAUGGUAUUCGCUCCCUUACACUGAAUGGAGUGCAAGAACUCUAUAAUGUGAACAAGAAUAUUCUAGAAAGUGCCAAGCAUCUUGGAUAUGAGGUCAUUGACACUCUCAGUAUCACAAUGGGUCGUUAUAGGGAGUUCCUGCAAGGACGAUGUGCCUGGCAUUUGCAGGUCUAUAAGCUUCCCUUUCCAACCGCUGCGUCCCAAAGAAAGUUAAAGAUCUUUAGGGUUGGUGGAGAAAGCAGGAAUACGACCACUGAGCAGACGGGGCCUCAAGAGCACGAGGAACCGUCGUCUCAACCUGACGUGUCCUACCACGUAAAGGGACCAGUGAAUGCGGAGUAUUCGGAAAUCCUUCUCAGCAGGAUAUGUGUGAAUCACGCCGUCAACGGGACCAUUCGCCAACAGUGACAAAAAGGACAAUUAGCGGCUGGUGACGCUAACCUGUGCAUGUUUUUCAGGUGUGUGUGUCUGUAUGAUUAGCUGUGAAUAUGUAUAUGUGUUGAGAAAUCUGCGUAAAAGGGCUAAACAGUGCACACUGAAUGGUCUGAAUCUACUUAACCAUAUGCUGGAACAAAGUGGUAAAUUGGAGGACGAGUUAGGUAGGUGUCUGUUUGCGCAUAUGUGUUUUAGUGUAGAGCGAUCCAGAUGGAAAAGGGGUGUGAGGGGGUUCAAUGAGACCUCCUGAAGCCCUGCCAAAAUGACUUUGGCAGCUGCGGCUUAAGGGCAGGCAGUGGCUGCGGUGCGACGCUGUAGAAAAAUAACUGAGACGGUUGCACAGACCCUUCAAACAGCCUUAUGAAAGCUUUCCUACAAUGCUCAUGCAACAUUCCCACAAUGCUGCUACUGCUGAACCACGGGCUGAAACGUUCCCAGUAUGUUUCGCGGCUGCUGUGGAGUGCCUUUGAUGUCACCCUGCUUCACAUUGUCACUUUUGUGGAAGCUCGGGCGAUGUUUUGAAGUCUAGCUUUACACCGCCUUUCCUUCACAUGCCAGGUUCACAAGUAUUUAUGAAGUAUUUUCUAUGCCAAAGGUCUUAUGAAGUAUAUUGUAUGUUAUAGUAUUACUGUCUUACGUUCCUCAUACAUUUAUUUUUCUACCAGUGUUUUCCAGUGCCUUUAAUAAUAAUCCGUGUAAAAUGCUAUAAAUGCUGUUUACAACAAAGAAGAUAUUUAUAUUGUUUUGAUGGUAAACAUUUUUAUAUUGUUGCUGGGUUUACUCUAAAUUGCUGGAAUGCAUGAUGUUUCAUUUGUCCAUAAUUUACGUUAAACAGGAAGUGGCUUUUGAAGAGAGAAAAUUAGUAGGAUUAAUUUAUAAAAUCCCAUAAAAUUGAUCUUCCCACCAGUUGUUAAGCUGAGCUCAGAAUGGGCACGUACGCUAUUUCCACUUGAAGUGAAAUGAAAUCACAUGAAACUAUGUAUUGACCUGUUAAUAUUCCGCAGUGCGUGAUAACUCUAUUUUUGAUAUGUCAGAAUUUUAGGGUCCAAUGAUUUGGAUGUUUAUGAAGAGCUAUGCCAAGAUAUUCAUCUUGUCGCCUGUGCAUGAAAUGUAUGAUUCCAACAGUCAUAAUGAAUAUCACUUA